AUGACCGAAAUCUAUGGCCCUGGAGCACCUCUUCCUCCCAUUCCAGAUGACUUGACGGUCGUACAAUUCAUGCUAGACUCUCACCACGUCGCAAGGCCCGUGGUACAGCCCCCUAAUGCAUGGUUGAUAGAGGAUUCUACUGGCAGAAAGGUUGGUUUGCCCAAGAUCCGUUCACGAGUCCAUGGCCUCGCGAAUGCGAUCAGCUCGCUAUGGAGUAUUGGGGAAGAUGAUGUAGUCUGCAUCUUUAGCCCCAACCACGUCGAUUAUCCAAUCGCAAUAUGGGCUAUGCAUAGACUUGGCGCUACAUUGACGACGGCAAACCCAACGUUCACCCAACCUGAGCUUGAAUAUCAACUGACAAUCACCAAAGCCAAGGCGAUCAUUGCGCAUCCUAUAAAUGUACAGAUAGCAAUAGACGCGGCCCGGGUAGUCGGGAUCCCCGAUUCCCAUAUUGCGGUGUUCAACGUCGCGCCAGACUUUGCGUCUUCCAGGUCGCACAAGACUGUAGAGGAGAUUGUGAAGCAAGGACUCUCUAGUUCCCUGAACUACCAUGAGCGCCGGCUGCAAGCAGGAGAGGGCAAGAGGAAGUUGGCAUUCCUUAGUCUAUCGAGCGGAACGACAGGCAGACCGAAGGCUGUCUGUAUACCUCACUAUUCGCCCAUUGCCAAUGUCCUUCAAAUGGCGCACACGGCGAACUUGCAAAAAGGGCGUUGGGAGGAUAGGCCUUACCGAGCAGGUGACAUAGCUAUGGCCCAUAUAUACGGACUGGUGGUUGUGAUGCACUUUGCUAUAUUUUAUGGAAUGUCCGUGGUCGUGAUUCCGAAGUUCAACUUCGUAGACAUGCUGAAGAGCAUAGAACGCCACCGGAUCAACUACAUACCAAUUGUUCCGCCGAUAGUAGUCCUCUUGUGCAAGCACCCCGCAGUAAACCAGCAUGAUCUCAGCUCUUUGAGGGCAAUGAAGAGCGGUGCGGCGCCGUUGUCAGCGGAGGUCAUCCAUCAGCUCAGUGAACGGCUACCGAACAUGAGCAUAGGUCAAUCAUACGGAAUGACUGAGACCUGCACGACGGUGACUUUCCCUCAGUUGGAGCAGAAGAUAGGGACGCCUGGAAGCGCUGGGCGACUGCUUCCAGGAAUUAUAGCUCGUGUCAUCGAUUCUGAUGGCAAGCUGCUCGGUUACAACCAGCCCGGACAACUUGUUGUCAAGGGACCAGCAAACACAUUAGGUUAUCUCAACAACGAACAGGCAACAAAGGAGACGUUCGUAGACGGCUGGAUAUACACUGGUGAUGAAGUAGUAAUCAAUGAAGACCGCGAGUUAUUUGUUGUCGAUCGUAUCAAGGAAUUGAUCAAAGUCAAAGGCUUCCAGGUGGCGCCUGCCGAGCUGGAAGGACACCUCUUAGAUCACCCGGACGUGGGAGACGUAUGCGUUGUCGGGCUCCAGGACGAUUAUAGUGGCGAGCUGCCACUUGCAUUCGUCAUGCCCAGUGCUAAUGCCGUGGGACGCAUGCGCAAGAACUCUGCCGAAGAGGCCAGGAUCAAAGCCGCGCUCAUCAAGCAUGUCGCGGAUGCGAAGGCGCAUUACAAACAAUUAUCCGGCGGUGUCGAGUUCAUCGAUGUGAUCCCAAAGAAUCCGAGCGGGAAGCUGCUUCGCCGGUUUCUGCGAGACCGCGCCAAGGAAAUGCAGGCGAGCGGGAAGCUGUCCAGCAUGACGCUUGCCAAGACUAAGUUGUGA